GGACUAUAGUCUUAGCUCUGCUUUGUUUUGAGAUCAUUUGAAUCCUGACAAAAUGUGCAUCAGAUAUUUUGGAUUUCUUCUCCUGAUUUGGUUUCCUGACGCGCUUCAUGCACAAAAUCCAUCACAGUCCUGUAGUGCUCCCAGACUGGACGAUGGUUUCUCUUCCCCAAAAGUGGCUUACUCUCAUGGAACAAUGCUGAACUAUACCUGCAAUGACGGACUUAAACCAGUAGUGAAGGUUUGGUGGGCCACAACCACAUGUGAAAAUGGCAAAUGGUCUCAUCAGCCACAAUGUAUAGAUAUAAAUGCCUGCAUUCCUCCAACUAUCCCCAAUGGAUAUUACCGUGAAAACUCAAAUGGUUGGUAUGAGGAAGGCCACAUAAUACGGAUAAGAUGUGAACAAGGAUAUGAACACAGACACCAGAUUGCUACAACCAGAUGUAUAAGUGGAGAAUGGUCGUCUUUGCCCAUUUGUGAGAAAAGUAUCACUGCAUGCGGCCGGCCCCCUAAAGUCCCUCAUGCUGUAAUAAUUCAUCAGAGAUACCAGGAGGUUUUUCCUGCAGAUUCAGAAGUGCAGUAUAAAUGUGAAGAUGGAUACGCUACAGAGGAAGCAUCCAGCAGCAAAUCCAUCUUUUGCAUAGCUGGGAACUGGACUGAAGGUCCUAUGUGCAGACCUUCUACCAUCUCUGGAUCAAAUGGGAGCGAGAUUCAAACUCAAAUCACAACAAUCAAUAACUGUGGAAGACACCCUACCAUAGAAAAUGGUGACGUUGUGGAAAUUGCUGACAUGUUUUUGAGAUUCCGCUGCAAUAGUUUUUACAGACGAGUGGGUCCAGAGAAAGUGAUGUGUUUUACAGAUGGCACAUGGUCAGAUGAACCCAUGUGUGAAGCUGCCUACUGUUCUUUGGACACUUCUGAAUAUCCUGACUUAAUACCUGAUGGAGUUAAAUUUAUAAAAGAUGGUGACAGAGUGGAAUUGAAAUGUGUGAAAAAACACUGGCGCUGGGUGACAGAGCAUUACUCUUUGGUCCAGUGCAUUAAUGGAACAGUUGAGUUAACAAAAUGUUGUGGCUAUUUCGAAAGAAAUACGAACAAUUGCAUUGGCUCUAUCACCAAGUUGUCUUAGGAUUUGAUCACCACUGACUGAAAACGACUGCCAGCCUGGAAACUUAGUUAUGGUGAUGUCACACAAUGUGUUGAGUUUUUCAGAAACUGUUUCAGGCUUCUCAUUUUGAUAUAUGAAUCCCUGCAUAAUGUAGUAGUACAUUUUUGUCUGUAUGCUCAAAGCCACAAAAAUGACUGGCGGAUGGCCUGAAUAAAAUCUCAACACUAAUCUGUAUAGAA